AUGACGCCCACGCCGCCUUCUGCGAACUCGUCGCAUUCUGGCGCCUCUCCCGACCAAUUCCGGGUCGUGCGCAAACGGAACCGAAUCCCCUUAUCGUGCGCGCCCUGCAGACAUCGAAAGCUGAAAUGCAAUCGACAGUCUCCCUGCGAUAACUGCACAAAACGAGGAGAUACCGCCUCUUGCACCUAUGCUGCCCCUGCGGCCAGGAAGAAGGGCAGCCAAAGUCAGAACGCUGCCAACGCGACACCGGAUGAUAUGCAAAAUCGGAUAGACCGGCUUGAAGGACUGGUCUUGUCACUCAUGACCAAUGGCUCACAGGCAGUCGGUCCAGCUGCCGCAGCCCAGGCACUUUCGGCCGGAUCGAGUACCAUCGAAAGUGGAUCGCUGGGACCGAAUCUUGACAAUGACUUGGACGAGGGCGCGAUGGUGGACGACGAUGUAGAUGGCCAAGAACCCGAGAGUGAGACGGAUGGUGUUACCAAGAGCUUUGGGAUUCUGAAGGUUGACGCCGAAAGGCAAAAGACCUUUUACGUAGGCGAAGCGCACUGGGCAGCUUUGCUGAAUGAGAUUGGCGAAGUCAAGAACUAUUUCGUCGCCCACAAGAAAGAGUACGAGGCCCAGAUGGAGAAAGUCGAGCAGGCCCGGAAAACGAUGGGUGCAGAUGUAGGGUCAGGCCCAGCUUUACUCUUUGGCUCUACCAUCCCCCCCAGCCGAGCAGAGAUUCUCGCACAAAUCCCAUCACGAUAUAUGUCUGAUAUCUUGAUCGGACGAUAUUUCAACACCUUUGACCCAGCCACGCAUAUCCUGCACGGCCCGACAUUUCAGCGACACUACAAUCAGCAUUGGGCAGAUCCCUCCAAGAGCUCGAUUGUUUGGGUGGCCAUGUUGUUCGCCAUGAUGCGUUUGGCCAUGUUGUCUUACGGUCGGGAAGGCGAUGAGCCGCCCGAGUUUCGGGGCAAAUGUCAAGAUCUGGCUGCGAACUUCCGCACGCAAAUGGCCCAUUGUCUCAUCACGGCUGACUACACGAAACCACACAACUAUAUCAUUGAGACGCUGAUUUUUCAUCUGCAUGCGGAAUACACUUCCAAUCGAGACGCCGAAGCCAGUGUCUGGGUCCUGGUCGGCAUGAUUGCUCGUCUCGCCAUGCGCAUGGGCUAUCACCGUGACGCGAAGCUGUUCCCCAAUUUGAGCCCUUUCCAAGGCGAGAUGCGGCGUCGGGUUUGGACAUUUGUACGCAGUGCUGAUCUCCUCUUUUCCUUUCAGGUGGCGUUGCCAUCGAUGAUUCGCAUUGGGGACUCGGACACGGAAUUGCCGCGCAACAUCUACGAUGACGAGUUCGAUGAAGACUCCACGUCAUUGCCUCCGGCCCGUCCUGCCAGUGAAGCAACGCCAAUCUCAUACAUGAUUGCGAAGGGACGACUGUCGUUUGGGUUUGGGCGGGUUUUGGAGGAGAUCAACGGGGUCAACCGCAAAGGGUAUGACGAGGUCCUCAAAAUUGAUCGUGGAUUGAGAGAUAUUUACGAGAGUAUUCCGGAUCAUCUGAAGCUUCGACCGAUGGCAGAGCAGACGCUGGCACCCAUCUCCCUGAUCAUGGCGCGCUUCAGCCUUGCCACGGUUUAUCACAAGUCCCAAUGUGUCCUCCACCGCCGGUAUAUGCGGCUUGCCAGAAAUGGGAACCGAUAUAUGCACUCGCGAAGGCAGUGUUUGGACUCGGCCAUGCAACUCCUCAGCUUCCAAGCCAUUCAACAUCAGCAGAGUCGGGAACGUGGCCGACUGAGAAGUCUCCGCAACCAUGUGAACUCACUGACUGCGCACGACUAUCUCUUGGCUGCAACGAUCGUCUGCAUGGACUUGUACAAUCACCGGGAGCGGCCCGACAGUAACAGCAACGAUGUAGGUACUCCCAGUACUUCCGUCAGUGGUGGCAGUAUCAGCCAAGGCAGCAACAUGUCGUCAGACGGAGCUUAUGUGCCUGGCCUCAGCUACAACCGCGAAGAUCUCAUCCAUGCGUUGGAAGAGAGCCGCGAUGUGUGGAUGGCGAACCGUGACCUGAGCAUCGAGGCGUAUAAGGCAAGCGAGCUUCUGAACGUACUGAUCUACCAUAUCAAGCUGCCGAAUUCGCCCAGCAACCCUCAGAACUCGCAGCUUCCGGGGGCAUCUCAACCGCCUCCGGGCUCGAACAACGACGAGCAGAACGCCGCGAUGACCCUGGGCAUGCUUCAAGCGGGAGGCGUGGGCUCCAAUGGACUGGGCGGAGGUAUAUCGCAGGCGGCGUCACCAGGGGGAUCGUGGGAGAAGGGAGGAGCGUAUCCCAAUUUCGGUGCCAGCGGUGAACAGUUCAACGGUGGAAUCUUUGGGGCCGCAAAUGUACCAAGUCCUUUCCCCAGUGGGUGGUUCGGUGGUCCGAUGAGCAACAUGGACCAGGGCAUGAAUUUAGAUUGGGAGGCAUGGGAUCAAUACAUGCAGCCCUCGAAUCUCACACUGGACCCAGCAGCGAGCUUGUGGUCGAACAACUCGCCCAAUAACAACCUGUUCACGCAAACUUCGUCUCCUGAAAACACUACCGCCGACUCGACAUUUGGGCUGAGCACGGGGUCUAGUUUCUAUCCUCAGACCAUGGGAAGCAUGAUGAGUGGGUCGACAUCAGACCUCCCCAAAACCGACGGAUCGGGGCAAAAGAUGCCCGCCUUGAGUGCAAAUUCCACCACGAGCAACGAUAACAGCGCUGCGGGAGAGGUGUUUAUGGGCGUGCAGAGUCCGCCGAUGCCGAGUUGGAAAUGGACCGUGAUGAGUGACAAGAAAUGA